ACCCAAUAAUUGCGGUGUGUUCUCAUUGAUUCACUUUCACUCUUUUUUAUUUUUCUGCUUUAAUUUCCCCUCAAAACCCACAAGUUUGUGAGCUUUUAGGGUUUCUUUGUCAACUAUUUUGUGUCGAUACAUGUAUGUAUGUAUGUAUUGAUCGCCUUUGAGUGUGUUAUCAACGUACAAUCUUCACCAAUCUGUGAGCUUUCAUGGAUGUAAACAAGGAGAAGCUUGUCAGGUUCUAUGCUGACGGCAAGCAAAAGAGCGAUUUCGUGUGGGGAAGAACCGAGCCGUUACACCUUGAAAAGUCGGCGUCUGGGUACAAUUUCGGGUUACCAGCUAAGGGAAAACACAAUGGGCCCACUAACUCUAAACAAGGAACUUGUAACCUGUUCCCUGAGGAUCAUGAACCGUGGCAGAAACGGAUACUUGACCCGGGUAGUGAAAUUGUAUUGCAGUGGAACCGCGUGUUCAUUGUUUCGUGCUUGGUGGCGCUAUUUAUAGACCCGCUGUAUUUUUACUUACCUGGUGUGAGAGUAGAUCAAGAUUCAUGGUGUGUUAAAACGGACUUGAAUUUGAGGAUAACCGUGACCGCUUUUCGCACGUUAGCGGAUUUGUUCUACUUGUUACAUGUUGUGAUUAAAUUCAGAACGGCGUAUGUUGCCCCUAGCUCACGCGUUUUUGGGCGGGGUGAGCUUGUUAUGGAUCCUAAGAAGAUUUCGAGAAGGUAUAUUAGAACCGAUUUCUUCGUUGAUCUAAUUGCAACACUUCCGCUCCCUCAGAUUGUUAUAUGGUUUGUGAUACCUGCAACUAGGAGCUCACGGGCCAAUCACAAUAACAAUGCACUCGCGUUAAUUGUUUUGUUACAAUAUAUUCCAAGAUUAUAUCUGAUUUUUCCGUUAAGUUCGGAACUGGUGAAAGCGACAGGAGUUGUAACAAAAACCGCUUGGGCGGGGGCUGCAUAUAACUUAAUGUUGUAUAUGAUAGCUAGUCAUGUAUUGGGUGCAGCUUGGUAUUUGCUAUCAAUUGAUCGACACAUGUCGUGCUGGAAAUCUAUAUGCAAAACCGAAAAGCUUUGUAAAUCUAGCUUUCUCGAUUGCAGCACCAUCAAUCAUAUCGAUCGCCAAAACUGGGCGAAUGUUACAACUGCAUUCAAGAAGUGUACCGCUGAUGAUAAUAGCUCGCCUUACAAUUUCAAAUACGGAAUAUUCGAAAGUGCGGUGCAGAAGAAUGUGAUAUCCUCGAGUUUCUUUCACAAAUACUUCUAUUGUUUGUGGUGGGGAUUACAACAACUAAGUUCAUACGGGCAAAAUUUGUCAACAAGCACGUUUAUAGGGGAGACAACGUUUGCCAUACUAAUUGCCAUUGUCGGUCUCGUUUUGUUUGCUCACUUGAUUGGCAACAUGCAGACUUACCUGCAAUCAUUAACAAUGAGACUCGAAGAAUGGAGGCUUAGAAGACGAGACACCGAGGAAUGGAUGAGACACCGUCAACUCCCCGAAGAUUUAAGAAAACGCGUUCGACGUUUCGUACAAUACAAAUGGGUCGCAACUCGCGGGGUCCACGAAGAAGCGAUCCUUCAUGGGUUACCCGCGGAUCUCCGUCGCGAUAUCCAACGUCACCUGUGCUUGGAUCUUGUUAGGCGGGUCCCGUUCUUCUCACAAAUGGAUGAUCAGUUGCUAGACGCAAUAUGCGAACGUUUGGUUUCUUCUUUAAGCACGGAAGGUGCUUACAUGGUUCGUGAAGGAGACCCUGUGACGGAAAUGUUUUUCAUAAUCAGAGGUAGGCUCGAGAGUUCCACAACGAACGGGGGUCGAACGGGAUUUUUUAAUUCUAUAAUAAUGAGGCCCGGUGACUUUUGCGGUGAAGAGCUUUUAGCAUGGGCGUUACAUCCAAAGUCAACGGUUAACUUACCAUCGUCAACUCGAACCGUUAGAUCACUGACGGAAGUCGAAGCUUUUGCGUUACGUGCCGAAGAUUUGAAAUUUGUCGCGAAUCAGUUCCGAAGACUUCAUAGCAAGAAACUGCAGCAUACUUUUCGGCACUAUUCGCAUCAUUGGAGAACAUGGGCUGCUUGCUUUAUACAGGCCGCUUGGAGACGACAUAAACGAAGAACGAUGGCGAGGUAUUUGUCAACGAUGGAGUCGUUCGUUAGUCACGACGAUGAACAAGAACAGGAUGAAGAACAAGCUGAAGAAGAUGAUCAAGAACAUGAACAUGAACAUGAACAAGGUCAUAGUCAAGAUCAUGAUCCAACGGCCCAGGUGAAGUCAAACCUCGGGGUGACGAUAUUGGCGUCGAGAUUUGCGGCAAACACAAGAAGAGGAAUUGCUCAGAGGCUUAAAAGUGGAGGUGGGAUGCCUAAGUUGCAGAAGCCUGAUGAACCUGACUUUUCUGUUGACCCUGAUAUCAAUUAGUUGACUUUUAUGGGGUCAACAAGAGGAUACAUAUAUAGUUGCCAUGACACAUCCACCACAACUUGGUGAGCUGAAUUUGAAUUUACAUAGAUUUUGGUUUAGAUUUUAAAAUUGUAGUUUUUUUGGGUUGUGGCUGAUGCAACCCUGAUCAAGUUUGAUGCUGUAUUUACAAAUGUUGGAAACACUAGUAGGUUUUAUAUUUAUAUCUAUAUUUAAAUAUUGGGUUCUUUGGUU